CCGGCCGGCUGUUUACCGCAGGACUGAGCCGAGCCACUGCGCCGGGGCUCGCAGCAUCCACCAUGGCCUUCCGUAGCGCGGGCACUUUAAUGACCGAAUUCAAUGCCACCUUUGUGCCACCAGCCCUCAUGCCCGGAUAUAAAGGCCAUGUCCCCGGUGUGGCUUCCUCCUUUGGCUCUUCUUACGGUAACACCACCUUCAAGUACUUCCAAGACCUCCGCAGAACAGGCUUGGAGAAGAGCUACGCGCUCCUCAGUGGAGGUCGCUUUCCCACCAUCUUCUCCCCUAACUCCCCACUGGUGCUGACUGACCAAUCACAGAACUGGGAUCUCUGGCUCCACCAGCCCACCUACAGCCGAUUCAACCUGGACAACGGACGAAUCACUGAGCUCAAUCACUUUUACAAGACAGUCCAGCAUCAGCGGAAGUACUACCAAGACAAGACUGGCACUGUGCCCCGUGUUCCUUACUUUGUACUGCCCGUGAAGGAGCCAGACCGGUACCCUCUACCCACCGACCUGCCUCCUCUGAGCGAGAAGAGUAAGUGGAACCUUUUAAGAGUAUCCCCUGACUAUGUGAGAACCUACCAGACCUUCCCAUCAGGGAAGAGAGUUUCUGCACAAGAGCGGCAAAGGCGGGACCUUUACUUCGAGUUCAGAGCCUGAAACCAGGUGACUGACAUCAGGAAGCCUUGGUCUGACCAGGCUGGCUUGCUUGUAAUAAAAUCUUCAGCCACAACC